UUUUCCGAUUAUAGUAGGGAAGAAGAAGAUGAUAAGAAAUCAUCGAGAGAUAUUACCGAUAUCUCCCGACUUGCAGAGAUGUGGGGCGCCGAUGUGAACUCAGGCUUUUGCUGACUCCUGACUUGCAGAGAUUUUUAAGUGGGGAUAGAUUGAGAAUAUCGAGGGAGUCUCUUCUCUUUUUUGUCUCUCCGGCCUUUUUGUUUUCCUGUUGCGGCAGCCGCUGCUCUAUUUUUUGUUUCCUUCUUUUCUUUCUCGUUUGCUAAUUUUUGGCUGAAAAGCAUGGCUUUGCAGCUUUGGGCAACUUUGAAAGAAGCGAUUACAGCGUAUACAGGGCUCUCUCCCGCCACCUUUUUCACGGUGUUGGCUUUAGCUGUAGCCUUCUACUAUGCCAUUUCUGGCUUCUUUGGGUCUUCGGAACCUCCAAGGUCAAGGGAUUUCCAUGAACAGAUGGAGCCUCUACCUCCUCCUGUUCAGCUUGGUGAAAUCACAGAAGAGGAGCUCAAGGCCUACGAUGGAUCCGACCCUAAAAAGCCCUUGCUUAUGGCUAUCAAGGGCCAGAUCUAUGAUGUAUCUCAGAGCAGGAUGUUUUAUGGACCCGGUGGGCCAUAUGCAUUGUUCACUGGGAAAGAUGCAAGUAGGGCUCUUGCAAAGAUGUCCUUUGAAGAGAAGGAUUUGACAGGUGAUAUCUCAGGUCUUGGUCCUUUUGAAAUAGAGGCCUUGCAAGAUUGGGAAUACAAGUUUAUGAGCAAAUAUGUUAAGGUCGGAACCAUUAAGAAGACUGUUGCAGUCACUGAUGCCUCUGCUGCUGAUUCAUCUGAAGCUACCGAGCAAGGUGUUGCAAAGCCUGCAGGAGAUGGGCCAUCAGAGGGCACAAAGGUAGAACAUGUGGAGGAGCACCAGCCCAAGGAAGUCAGCAGUGGCAGCGCUGGUGAAAAAGAGUAGUUCCCAUCCUUUUACAAGCAACACAUGCAAGUGGUUACACUUGUAUUCCAUCUCUGCAAGUGUAAUCUCUUGUUAGUGUAGUUAAAUAUUGCUAGCAUGGACAAACUUGGUACAACUAGUUGUCCUCUCUUGUUAGUGUAGUUGGAUAUUCCCCUUAUAAGCAAGCUCCAUAUGUUUAUGAAAUAAAGACAGCAUGGUAUAUUUGGAUAUACCAUGUCCUGGAUCAUUUAUUUGAAACUCGCAAAUGGGAUGCGGAUGAUUUGGAAUCAAUGAAAUGCCUAGUCAACUUUCCUGAGUGGAUUCUUCUCA